CCCCCGCUCUGUGUUUCAGCAGGUGCUGCACCUUAUGAUGUAGUUCAGCCAGUAAAGUGUAAAUGCAGAUGAAGAUGGCGGAGGUGGUAAAUGGAGUGAGGAAGCUGUGUGCCAGCGCCGUGAUGCUACUUUAUCUUCAGUCUGUGUUUCAUUGAUGAAGAUGUGUGAGAAGAAUGCUUCAUUAUGAGAAGUGGCCCUGGGUGUGAGCCGUACUGUACAGGUCGAUGUGGAGGGGUACUUUGAGGUAUGGCCUCAUUGGAUCUACCUUACCGCUGUCCAAGAUGUGGGGAACACAAGCGUUUUAGGAGUUUGUCUUCAUUGCGAGCUCACCUGGAAUACAACCACACCUAUGAGACCCUUUACGUCCUUUCUAAGUCUAAUAGCAUCUGUGAUGCCAGUAUUGUGUCUCCAGCAGCUGACAAAUCAAUUCUGAUACCUGCUUCCUGUAAAGAAAUCUUUGAAAGUACCUCAUUCAGCAGUAAAGAACAGAGAUAUUUAUAUGAUUUAGAGUGCGGGGAGGAGUUAUCCGCCUGUUACUUGCCUGAGGUUGAGGAGCCAGUAAACGAGGUCCUGAUGAGAAAGGCCAUGACUCCCUCCACUCCGCCCGCUGCCCUGGCGGCAGCCGACGCCGUUUAUGAAGAAGGCCUGGCUCGGUUGAAGAUCCAAGCUUUUGAGAAACUGGACUUGAACGAACGCUUGGAGAAGCUAUCCGAAGAGGUGGAGCAGAAGAUCACGGCUCGAGUGGACAAGCUUCAGGGCGAACUUGAAAAAAGAAGCUCAGAAUUGGAGCGAGCCAAGCAGGAGAGUCUCAGGUUGUGUCAAGAGAAGCAGGAUCUUGAGGAUAAGGCUUCGGAACUAUCAAGGCAAGUCGACGUGAGUGUGGAAAUGCUGGCGACGCUGAAGCAGGACUUGGCACAGAAGGACCAGGAGCUAGCCAGGAAACAGCAGGAGGUGUUACAGAUCGAUCAGUUUUUACAAGACACGGCGGCACGAGAAGCUAACGCAAAGGUCCGCCUGCAGCAGUUCAUCGAGGAACUUCUGGACCGAGCGGACAGGGCGGAGAAGCAGCUGAUGGUCAUCAGCAGUUGUGGGUCAACACCAAACGGCAGCCUGGGCCGAUGCAGCAAUCUCGGGCCAAAGGGAGCUGGCAGACAACAGGGAGAAAGGUAUGCGUCCCCAAGUGGAAUCUCUCGCGGCAAUGUGCCUGUGUCUGAGCAGCAGUCAUUGCCAAAUAUCAGACCCAAGCCCCCUGGCCACGCGUCACGAUGCUACGACAGUGACAGCUUCAUGCCAUCUGUUGAGGUGCAGUGCCUGGAGCAGAGUCCAGAGCACAACUAUCAAUACAAACAGAUGCGUAAUGCAGAGAGCAAGUGCAGCAGGGACCCCAUGUCACGGAACUCAGCGCUACGCAGGCAGGCGGUGGAAAACUGGCAUCGCAGGCCAUAUCGCAACAGCACGGAGGGAGAAGAAGGGGAUGUGUCUGACGCAGGGUCCAGGACAACUGAAUCCGAGGUGGAUGUGUGGGAGCAAGAGAGUAAAUGCUCAAGCGAGCCACACAAGUUUGGAUCCAACUGUGGCAGGGCGUAUCGCCUUAGUACAAGUAAUGCCAAAGCAGUUAGUUACAAAACGGCCAAGCAUCAUAAGGGCAGCCCCUCACUGUCCAACGAAGUCAUUAGUCCUGAGGUGUUGAAGAUGCGAGCCGCCCUCUUCUGUAUCUUUACGUACCUGGACACCAAGACAUUGUUGCAAACGGCUGAGGUGUGUCGGGAUUGGAAGUACGUGGCCAGACAUCCGGCCGUCUGGACCAGAGUUCUGUUGGAGAAUGCCAGAGUGUCCUCUAAGUUCAUGGUGACCCUUUCCCAGUGGUGUACCCAGACCCAUUCGCUCACUCUGCAAAGCAUCAAACCCCGGCCAAAGGGGAAGAAGGAGAGCAAGGAGGAAUAUCUCAAAAGCAUACAUGGCUGUCUGGAGACUGGGCUGGAAUCCUUGCUGAAGGCUGCGGGCAGCAACCUACUGAUUUUGAAAGUUUCUCACUGCCCCAACAUACUGACUGACCGUUCCCUGUGGCUGGCCAGCUGCUACUGCCGUGCCCUCCAGGCAGUCACCUAUCGGAGUUCCACUGACCCAGUUGGCCAUGAGGUGGUUUGGGCUUUGGGCGCUGGCUGCAGGGACAUCAUUUCUCUACAAGUUGCACCGUUACAUCCAUGCCACCAGCCAACGCGUUUCAACAACCGGAGUCUACAGAUGAUCGGCCGGUGCUGGCCGCACUUGCGGGCACUGGGAGUUGGAGGAGCAGGAUGUGGACUGCAGGGUCUGGCCUCCUUGGCUCGGAACUGUAUCCGUUUGCAAGUUCUGGAACUUGAUCACGUGACUGAAAUAAACCAGGAAGUAGCAGCGGAGGUUUGUCGAGAGGGGCUGAAGGGAUUGGAAAUGCUGGUGUUGACAUCAACCCCAGUCACCCCGAAAGCUCUGCUACAUUUCAACAGUGUGUGUCGCAGCUUGAAGUCCAUUGUGGUACACGUUGGGAUAACCGAUUACUUUGAGGAGCCAGGCAGCCCAGAAGCUCGCAAGUUGUUUGAAGAAAUGGUCAGCAAACUUCAGGCUCUGAAGAAAAGGCCUGGCUUUUCAAAAAUCCUGCACAUCAAAGCGGAAAGUGUUUGUUGAAGUUUACAACUGAGAACUCCUAUUCUGAUGAUAUAUAUCACCUGAUGGAAAGACAUUAUUACAGAAAUGGGGCUUUUCUGUAACGGUCCAAAACUAAUGCUUGAUCAGAAAGCAAAGCUGACUUGAGUUGUAAUCAAAGAGCAGUCUGAGCUGUAAUCACUCUCACCUCAACCAUCAACCUGCCACAAACUGGCUCAUGUUUCCUACAGGAAGACUGGACAGAAGCAUCUCUUCAACGCCCAGCAUUCAGUCAAGUCCCACAUUCGUUGGUCACCCUUCAGUGAUGGAACCAGAAGGCUAGCCAAGCAAUCGUAGUCAGACGACUUCAAAUACAAAUGUACAUUGAUUGGUGUAGGACGGAACUGCAGAUGCUGGUUUACACCGAAGAUAGACACAAAAAGCUGGAGUAACUCAGCGGGACAGG